UGCAGCAGCGCCGGCUCCCUCCCGGUACCCGCCUCGGCCCCGGGCUUGGAAGCCGCUCCGGGGGCGCCCUUUUGGACAGCGACGCCGUCUACCAAGCCCCCGGACCCAGUCCCCGGAGAGCCAGGCUCGCCAGCGCCCAGCCGGGGAGGCGGCCAGGAAGCGCGAUGGGGGCCCCUUCCGCCUUGCCCCUGCUCCUGCUCCUCGCCUGCUCCUGGGCGCCCGGCGGGGCCAAUCUUUCCCAGGACGGCUACUGGCAGGAGCAGGAUUUGGAGCUGGGAACUCUGGCUCCACUGGACGAGGCCCUCAGCUCCACAGUCUGGAGCAGCCCUGACAUGCUGGCCAGUCAAGAUAGCCAGCCCUGGACAUCUGAUGAAACAGUGGUGGCUGGUGGCACCGUGGUGCUCAAGUGCCAAGUGAAAGACCAUGAGGACUCGUCCCUGCAGUGGUCUAACCCUGCCCAGCAGACUCUGUACUUUGGGGAGAAGAGAGCCCUUCGAGAUAAUCGGAUUCAGCUGGUUAGCUCCACUCCCCACGAGCUCAGUAUCAGCAUCAGCAACGUGGCGCUGGCAGACGAGGGCGAGUACACAUGCUCCAUCUUCACUAUGCCUGUGCGAACCGCCAAGUCCCUUGUCACUGUGCUCGGAAUCCCACAGAAACCCAUAAUCACUGGUUAUAAGUCAUCCUUGCGGGAAAAGGAGACAGCCACUCUAAACUGUCAGUCUUCUGGGAGCAAACCUGCAGCCCAGCUCACCUGGAGGAAAGGUGACAAAGAGCUCCACGGAGACCAAACACGAGUCCAGGAAGAUCCCAACGGAAAGACCUUCACUGUGAGCAGCUCAGUGUCAUUCCAGGUUACCCGGGAGGAUGAUGGAGCAAGCAUCGUGUGCUCUGUGAACCAUGAAUCUCUAAAGGGAGCUGACAGAUCCACCUCUCAGCGCAUUGAGGUUUUAUACACUCCGACAGCCUUGAUUAGACCAGAGCCUGCACAUCCCCGGGAAGGCCAGAAGCUGUUGUUACAUUGUGAGGGGCGUGGCAAUCCAGUCCCCCAGCAGUACCUGUGGGUGAAGGAAGGCAGCGAGCCACCUCUGAAGAUGACCCAAGAGAGUGCUCUCAUCUUCCCCUUCCUGAACAAGAGUGACAGUGGCACCUAUGGCUGUACAGCCACCAGCAACAUGGGCAGCUACACAGCCUACUUCACCCUCAAUGUCAAUGACCCCAGUCCUGUGCCCUCAUCCUCCAGUACCUACCACGCCAUCAUCGGAGGGAUUGUGGCUUUCAUUGUCUUCCUGUUGCUCAUUCUGCUCAUCUUCCUCGGACACUAUUUGAUCCGGCACAAAGGAACCUACCUGACACAUGAAGCCAAGGGCUCCGACGACGCUCCAGAUGCGGAUACGGCCAUCAUCAACGCGGAAGGCGGGCAGUCAGGCGGGGAUGACAAGAAGGAAUAUUUCAUCUAGGGGCACCCACUCACCUCCUGCGCCCCUCGGGGGCCCCAUGGGGACUGCUGGGCUGUCACCAACCUGGACUUGUACAGAGCGACCCCAGGGCCGCCCCUCCCGCUUGCUCCCCAGCCCACCCAGCCCCCUGUACAGAAUGUCUGCUUUGGGUGCGGUUUUGUACUCGGUUUGGAAUGGGGGGGAGGAGGGCGGGGGGGAGGGGUGGGUCGCCCUCAGCCCUUUCCGUGGCUUCUCUGCGUUUGGGUUAUUAUUAUUUUUGUAACAAUCCCAAAUCAAAUCCGUCUCCAAGGCUGGAGAGGCGGGAGCCAUGGGGGUGAGGAGAGCAGCAAAUCUGCAAUGUUCGGAGAAGGAAGUUGGAGGGAUGAGAAAUGAAGGAGGAGCAGGGCUGGUUUGCAGGUGGGGGCUUAACACAGCCCUCCUUCCAUUUUCACAGCGGGUCAGACUCCCAGGCGUCUCCGGGGACCCUGGGUUUGGAAGCAGGGGAUAGUGGUGGCUCUACCUCUGCCAGCCAUGUAUUGUGAGCUACAGACAGGGAGACAGGUGUCAGGACGACACCCAUCUUCCAUUACAUAAGAAAGGGAUGAGUAGGAGAGAGUCCUCCAGAAGAUGUGAACUGAAGAUGGCAUGCAGCCCCACAGGGAUCCAGGGCUUCAACAUGCCCCCCCAGAGAGAGAGAGUAGAUUUCCAGAGAGGGGGUGAAGGACAUGACCCUGCCCAUCCGUUGCCCUCACGUGAUGAAUGAAGCCAGGCUCUUUUCACAGAAUCGGCCCUUGGGGGUCUGCAGAGCUCGGUUUUCUCUCCCAGCUCCAGCAGUUGUGGAAGAGUACUGCUUCUGGGCUGGACAGCGUCUGCUUCUCCCUCCUCGGAGGGGCCCCUCACUCUUACCCAAGACCCUGGACUGUUGCACGGCAACCGCUCCUCUCAUGGCAUUGCUCAGCAACUACUCCUCCACCCUGUGUCACCCUGUGCCCUCUCCUGUUCCCCGCGCCAUCCCUCAGUCCCUCCUCCCUCAGCAGCCAGGCAGACAUGACAACAAAAUUACUAAAAGGA